AUGUCCGAAGCCCACGAGGAGCUGACUGAUGAACCUCCCUUAGGGGGGCAUGCUGUCGCCAACUCUAAUAAGAAAUACACGCCCCAUCCUCUUGCACUCAGCCUACUGGCCAUCAUCUUGUUUUGCCUUUCUGGGCUCCCCGACGGCGCAAGCGCAACCUCGAUUGGCUAUGAACACAGGCCGCCGGCUGAGCUGCCCGUCCUGGAAAGGCGCAAGUCGAUCCCCCACAAUGUCACCCACGACUUGAACCAGUCCACCAACGCGGUCCACAUCAUUCUCAUCCCCGUCCUCGUCCUCGCCUCUGGCCUCUUUGCAGGAUUGACGAUUGGAUACAUGAGUCUCGAUUCCACUCAGUUGGCCGUCCUUUCCAACAGCGGAACGCCCGCACAGAAAGUACUCGCCAGAAAGGUGGCUCCCUUGAGAGCAAAGGGACACAUGCUGCUUAUCACCCUUUUGAUAGCCAACAUGAUCGCAAACGAGACCCUCCCAAUCGUCACAGAGAAAGCCCUCGGGGGUGGCAUCCAGGCUAUCAUCAUAUCCACCGUCUUGGUAAUUGUGUUCAGCGAGAUCAUACCGCAGACGGUUUGCGCGACUUAUGCACUUCGGAUAGGCGCAGCCUGCGCCAAACCAGUCCAGAUGCUCAUCUAUCUGUUUUACCCCAUAGUCUGGCCUAUCUCUCGUUUAUUGACUAAACUGAUAGGGGAACAUUCCGGGGUCAUCUAUCGGCCGGCCGAGUUGAAGGAGCUCGUCAAUCUCCAUGCACGCAAAUCUGAGCACGGUGGCGAUCUGGCCGAGGAUGUGGUGACGAUCAUCAGCUCGGCAAUCGACCUGCAGGAGCGCGUCGUUCAAGACUCUAUGACCGCACUCAACAAUUGCUUCAUGCUCAACAUCGAUACUCAAUUAAACUACAAAACAAUGUCCGCCAUCCUGUCUAGUGGCCACUCUCGGAUUCCCGUUUACGAAAACAUAGUCACUCCCUCUGGAACCGGCCGUCGAAUCGUGGGCGCUUUGUUGACCAAGCAAUUGAUCUUGAUCGAUCCAGAAGAUGGACUACUUCUGCGGGAAUUUCCACUGAAUCCGUUGCCUCACGUGGCAAGCGACAUGCCACUGCUCAACAUCCUGAAUAGCUUUCAAGAAGGACGUAGUCAUCUAGCCGUGGUAUGUCCGCCAGCCAGUAGUCUGACGCAAGUUGAAUUGAAUGAGCCCAAGAUGGAACGAGCGGGCAGCUCUUGCGAGACUAGCAAACGGCAGUGGUGGUGGCCGAUUUUGAAACGGAAGCAAGCACCACCUUCGCCGAGCCUUUCCCGGAAGGGAUCCGCGGAGGCCUUUACUCUGAUGUCAGCUGUCCAGCCCUCGAAGGCAUUACUGACCGAUCAGCCAAUGGGAAUCAUCUCGCUGGAGGACGUGCUCGAAGCGCUGCUCGGCGAGCCGAUCUACGAUGAAACCGACCUAGACGAGCAUGGUCACAUGGCCGUGCCGCCCUACGUGCCUCCCGAAGCUGCCUUUGCGUUGCGACAGUCCUUCUCCUCGCCCUCCCCGGUCUAUGAUGCCAAUGCCUCCUCGUACCUGGCCGCCGGUUUCGCGAACCAGGCCGAGCUUAUCUCGCCCAGCGGGCGCUCCUCCAAACGCUCAUCGCUCGCCUCCAAGCCGGCCCCUUCGCACCAGAUCUUCGAGUUUGAGGGCCCGAAAGUCACCGCCUGCUCGAUCCCGUCCGACCUCGGCAUGCUUGAGGAACCUGUGCCCUCCAGAGUCAUCACCCCUGAGGCCGGGGCCCGGAUAGCCUCUUUGUCCGGCCACUCGACACCCUCGACCUUUUCUGGUGGCCCAGGCGCGACAGAGGGCGUUGACUCACAUGCGGCCGACGGAGAAGUCGAUCUCCAUCGCGGCUUCACUUCCUCGAGCCGAAAGUCAUCCUCGCGUUAUCACCCAGACCCAACUGCCUCAUCGAAUGCCGUCCACUCAUGCCCCACAGAUACCGUCAAUGGGACUCGCCAACCUGAUCACCAGCCGACGGGAGCCAACGCCUAUUCGAAUAAAGCUGAAGAAGAUAAUCCUGACUUGUUGAACUUGCCUGCACACUUCGGAGAGGUCAAUACUGGCGGAUCUUCGGACGGACAAACUUCAGCCUUCGAAGCUCGUUCAGAUCAGUCACCUUGUCCUCAAGAUAAACACUCUACUCACAAUUCUUGA